UCCUUUCAGGUUUGAAUAAUGUUCAAAGAAAAUUUCUAUUCAUUUCAAUUUUUGUUGUCUAGUCAACUUCAUUUGCCCUUAACUAUAUCGCUUAAUAUUUAAUGUUUUCUCAUACCGCCUCGUUAGGGUAUUUUUUUAUUUUGCCUCCUUAAGCAAGAGUUGCACAAUGUUCAAACAAUCAAGUAAUUUGCCUAGAAGCAACCAUAUAAUUUACAACUAAUUGAGCUAGGACCUCCCACUGAAAAGUACUAUAAAAGGUUGCCGUAACCAGACUCCUGUUCGCAGUUUAGGUUUUAUCGUGCAGAAUGCUGAACAUAUUUGAUCGGGAACUGGAGAGUAUUGAUUAUUUGCCCAAGCCUGGCUUAACUUGGGUGGAGUACAGCGCCUACGCAUUGGGUAUUAACAUGGCGCCCAGGAAACGCAACUCUAGGCCCUGCAGAUUCUUACGCAUUUUUGCACUUCUUGUAAAUCUGAGCAUUAUCUACAGUCUCAUUAAAUUUAUAAUGGCCACUUAUAUGGUCUCCUUUGAAGCCUAUGUAGAGGCUGUGCUACUUACCUUUCAGCUAUCAGUUGGAAUGGUCAAAAUGAUGCAUUUUCACAGCUUUCUGGAUUCUUGUGUGGAGCUGGUACGCACCACAGAGACGGGUGCUAUAUUAAAGCAUUUGGGCCUGUUUGAUUUGGAUUUGACGAACCCUCAUGCGUUGUGCAAGAAAUUGGGCUCUAUGUUGAGAAGGAGCUGGCUGGUGAUCGAUCGUCAGGUGAUGUUCUUCUACAAGAUCGUUUGCAUGCCAGUCCUGUAUUAUUGCUUGCGGCCAUAUUUCCAAUACAUAUACGAUUGUUAUAUGGUCCAGGAUACUUGUGAAAUGACUUUGACCUAUCCAGCUAUCGUGCCCUUUGUGCACCUGGGUAAACAUGAAUUCCCCUCAUUCUCAGUGCGUUUCAUUCUCCUUCAAUCUGGUCCGGUUUGGUGCUUUUUUGCUGUCUUUGGCUUCAACAGCCUCUUUGUGGUGCUUACCAACCAUGAGGCUUGUCUUAUAGAGGUCUUACGAUAUCUGGUCCAAAAUUCCACAAAUAAUGCUGUGGUUCCGAAAUCCUCCAGGGUUUUUUACAUUCGCUGUUGUGCCAGACUUUUUGCCCGCAUCUCGAGACAUCAUGCUCAAAUUGAAAAUGUUUUUAAGUAUAUAAUCCUAGUCCAAUGCGUGAUAAGCAGCAUUUUGAUAUGCAUGUUGCUCUAUAAGAUCAGCACUGUGAUGGAAAUAGGCUGGGUCUGGAUGGGCAUGAUUAUGGUUUACUUGGUAACAAUUACUUUGGAAAUCAGCCUAUAUAAUGUCAAUGCGCAAAAGGUCGAGUCUCAGAGCGAAUUAUUGUUUUUCGACUGGUACAAUUGCGCCUGGUAUAACGAAUCUGAGGAUUUUAAAUUAAUCAUUAAACUAAUGCUGCUUUUCUCAAGGCGAACUUUUGUUCUAAGCGUUGGAGGUUUUACCAAUUUAUCCCAUAAAUUUUUAGUACAGGUUUUUCGCAUGAGCGGAAAUUUCUUUUUGCUAUUGCGCAAUAUGAAUAACAAAUAAUGCUCUACACGUACUUUAUACAAAAUUACAACGUUGGAAAACAUUUAUUUUAAGGUGAAAUUCAUUAGGCGACUUAAACACGAAAAAAAUAUUGUAAUUGGCACAUUAAACGUAGUUGACAAAUA